AUGGCCGCGGCAUGUCAAGGCUGUGGACCCGGCCGUUCCCGAUUGGGACCUUGUGCCGGUACCAACACCACGACUUUCUUUUUCGAUCGAUUCCUCUGCAACCGUGCAUUCUUAAAUACCCGCUCUCCCUCAAUAGCUGGUUAUAUCUGGGAACAUGAGCAUGAAUUCGCUCAAGCUGCUAUGCACGGAUCUCACUACGCUCUGAAUAAACUUGUAGAAAUGGUUGAGGCCGACGACUCUACACUUCCUCAGCUGCUCUCCAUGUUUUGCUACAAUCUCUGCACUCUCGACACGUCUUCCAUGGAUACGGAUGCUAUUGUGCGGCAUCACUCCUUGAUCAUUGCCAAGGAGUGUUUUCGCACGAUCCAGGCCAGUGCUAACGAGAGACAUCGAGGCGUGAAAGUUAUCGUCGACAAAAUAGCGGCAGUAGUUCCACAUUUGUCAUAUAUUCUACUCGUCAUAUUUCCUGAAUGCCGCCGCUGA